AUGGACCCCCUACCUACCCACAGCGAUGCUGAAACUGAGUACUACAAAGACUCGUCAGCCGCAUCCUCUCUCAUCUCUGAACUAGAAGAACUAGUUCUAGCUGUCGACAAUUUAGCAUUUGAAAUCUCCCAACUUUGUCAAUACGUUGCACUCACUCGUGGACGCAUUUGCAGCUGCUUGAACUUGCUUCUGGGAAUCAGAUCAAGCAUCCAGAGAAUUGUUCAGAAAUCCUCAAAGCUUCUCAAACCAUCCAGAAUUAACAUAUACGUCAUAGCGUCUUUCAAUCCUAUCCCUCUUGAAAGACUUUUUAACAGAAUCAGAAUUUACGAAACCGACCUUAUCAAAUUCUACCAAGAAAUACCCUUCUUUUUCGACCUUCCUCUCGCACCUGAACAGAACAACGCCUUUAACCCACAAGACUAUCUUAAAACAGGAGUCCACGUACUAGUUGUUACUCCUUUCUGCCGCAACGCAAUACAAAGGAUAGUAGCCUGCAUCUCACAAUUUUGCAGACUAGUGUUUAAAAUUGGACACGAAAUCCUCGAAGGAAGAGAUUGGGAACAAGAACAAAGACAGAUUAGGAAUGUCUGCCAAUUGUUCAGAGAGUAUCAAAACUAUGCAAAAGAAGUCUUCAACUUAGCCAUUCGCCACCCCACAGAUCGUUUCAUCGUCACCGAAAUCAACACCAAAAGAAACUUCUCUUAUAUUCCUCCCGUCUCGUUGUUGAUCCAAGGAAACAUUCUCAUUGAAAGAUCUCCCUCACCAGACGAAGCAACCUCCAACUUAGACAGUAAUUUUACCACAAGCUCACAGGUAGAAAGAGAUUUGGAAGAAGAAGAGAAUAUUUUUGGGUUCACUUCUACAGAUUGGAUGUUUUCUGAAUAUCAAAACCCAAAGCCGUCCAUAGAACCAGAAGCUCCACCCAGACAAACCCUACCACUACCACCUACAUGCCCACCUCCACCUCCACCUCCUAUUCCUCCGAAACCCUCAUCCAUGUCUAAUCCCACGCAGUUACACGGCAAAGUAACUCUAGCAGCAGAGCCUUUCGAAUUCAAAGGAGAAAAGGAACAGUUUAUAGCAUGGCACCAAGCACUACAGUUGUACUUAACCGCCUAUGCAUCCUACUUUCCAGACGAGAAGAUGAAGCUCAUCUACCUCCUGUCCAAAAUCAGCAACCAAGGAACAUCGACAGUAAAAGCUUGGAAAGAGAAUGUUCUUACCAAAGCUCUCAACACAACUACCCCUGUAUGGCCGACUCUCUCGGCCGUCCUAACCGAUCUAGCCCAAGUAUUUGGGAAUCCAAACAAAAGAUCACAGGCGGUAAACGGGAUCGAAACGUACAAACAGGAAAAUAAACACUGCAACAAAUUCUUCAGCCACUUCAUGACACUCAUGGAUAAGGCAGAUAUGAUGCGACCACUCAAUCACAUUCUCAAAAAGAAUCUUCACUCUUGUAUCUGUGACUUUGUCAUCAUCCAGAAAGACCUACCAAAGAUGUUCGCUGAAUGGAAGACACAAGCUUAUGCAUGGGAGGCAAGAAGAGAAGAGUUCCAAUAA